UUUCGAACGCAUAACGGAUUUUGUAUGCCGCGCCCUAUUCGGCUGUUGUACAUCCCUUUCGGCAUCUGGUUGACAUUUUUGCUUAUUCCAACAUGACCGAGGUGAGCGAGCCGGAAUGCCGUACGUUGCGUCGUCUAUACCGUGGCACUCGAGUAGAGUCCGCUUAUGCUUGGCCUUUUGAACGGUUGGAUGAAUUGGAUUCAUCCUUCAAUGUCCAAGAGUACUUGCAGCAGCUGAUUCGACAGGAUAAAAAUAAUAUUGACCUACUUAUUGCGGUUCCAGAGAGUGUGGACCAAGAAAUAUGGCAAUACGAACAUCUUCGACAAGUGUGUCUCGAACUCAAUCUUUUGGUGGUCAAUUUGGAAACUGAAUGCACGAAAGAAAUAUGUCCAGAAAUGAAAGCCGACGGAUGGUUGUAUCUAUGCGCAGCGCAUCCAGGCACGCAAUCAUGUUCAGCUAUCGAUUACACCAUUCAUACCUUGGACGGUGCCGCCAACUUGUUAAAUAACUCUAAAUACUUUCCUAGUCGGAUACACGUGCCUCCCCAUUCACUGAAACAGUUUCAAGCCAUUGCUCGGCGAUUAUACCGUAUUUUUGCUCACGCUUACUUCCAUCAUCGAGAGAUAUAUGAAGAUUUCGAGAACGAUACUGCACUGUAUGCUCGAUUUCUAAGACUUUCGCAAACCUACAAUCUUAUUCAGCCUAGUCAGAUUAAUAUACCACAACAUGAAUCGAACCUAGAAAACGAUGAUAUUCCACGAAAUACCGAUGCAGGACCCCGUCAACAUCUCGAUUCUAGUGGAUCAGAGUCCAAAAACAACAAACCUGAAAUAAGCAACGACGAAGAUGAUGAUGACCAAAGUAUUGCCAGUGCGAUUCACAUCAACGACGAAUAGUUCUGCGGCCAUUUUUGUCCAUGAUUUAUUUAGCCACGCCAACUUUUACCGGAUCUUUUUUUUUCACAAUACUUCGUAACCAACGCGCACUGCAUUAUCUUGCAGCGUUUAAAAAGACUCUGUUCCAUCUAAUUAUGCAUCGUGGGUCUAAUAAUAAUACCUAUUUUGUUUUUUCGUGGUAUCAUUUGCCAGCGCGCAUAUCACACAAUAGAUUCUCAUCAUGUUUUCCAGCAAAAGACAAUGGUAAUAUAGUAGUGAAGGCGCUUCUCUCUUUUGAAGUAUGGUCUGGAUGACUUUCCUC